GUGUGUAAGAAAGAGCGAAAGAGAGGGGAGAGGGAGAUGGUUUCUUUGAUAGAUGCAUGGAACGGCUACCGAAUGUAAUAAUUCACCGAUUCAGCUCAGUUUCACAAAAUGAAUAAUUCACUUAUAAAUCUAAAUGAUAAAUUUUCUUUUUAAAAGAAAAGCUUCAUCUCUGGUCCCACUUUCGCUUCCCUUCUCACAGGAAAUAUUGUAAAAAGCCCCCAUAUUUUAAGCCUGGAAAUCUUAGUUGACAGUUCUAAGUGCAAGGAAUUAUAUACAUAAAAGAAAACCAGUAACCUUUUUCCCACUCCUUCUGCUUCUUUAUCUUCUUCCUUUGUCUUUAUAUAUAAUUGUAUAGCCAUUGAUUUUACCCUCAAAGAAAUACCCAAAAAAAAAAACAAAAAAAAACUAGCAAGUUAUGGCUCCUAGUGAGCUCUUAAGUUUGGCCUCCUUGAGCUUAUUACUGGCCUUGGUGGUCCAGCCUCAUGAAGCAUAUGGCUCGACCCGUGGUUCGUUCCUCAGCAAUGAUGGUUCAGCAGCAGUCAAUGGGAUAUGCGCCACCUCGGUGACUAUCCAUGGUUACAAAUGCCAAGAACAUGAAGUGAAAACAAAAGAUGGAUAUAUCCUUAGCAUGCAAAGAAUUCCAGAGCGACGUUUUGAAGGGAACAGUAAUGCUGGAAUCAAGAAGCAGCCUAUACUCAUACAACAUGGUGUCCUUGUGGAUGGAAUGACAUGGCUCCUGAAUUCACCACAACAAAAUCUACCAAUGAUUUUGGCCGAUAAUGGAUUCGAUGUCUGGAUUGCCAACACCAGAGGCACCAGAUUCUGCAGGAAACAUGUUUCCCUUGAUUCCGCCCAGGCGGAGUUCUGGAAUUGGUCGUGGGAUGAACUGGUGAGUUUCGAUCUACCAGCUGUUUUUGAUUUUGUCUUCAACCAGACGCAGCAGAAGAUUCAUUACAUUGGUCAUUCCCUGGGAACUCUUAUAGGUCUGGCAUCAUUCUCAGAGGGGCAUCAGGCAGACACGCUGAAAUCCGCAGCGUUUCUAAGCCCGAUUGCAUACUUGAGCCACAUGAAUACUGCACUUGGCAUGGUUGCUGCUAAAGCCCUUGUUGGUGAGAUCACUACUUGGUUCGGAGUAGCCGAAUUCAAUCCAAAAGGACAGAAGGCAUCAGCUUUUCUCAAGCGUUUAUGCAAUUACCCUGGAGUUGACUGCUAUGACCUAUUAACUGCUAUUACUGGAAAAAAUUGCUGUCUCAAUUUUUCAACCGUUGAUCUUUUCAUAAAGAAUGAGCCUCAAUCCACAGCAACCAAAAACAUGGUUCACUUGGCACAGACUGUCCGAGACGGAGUUAUAGCGAAAUACAACUACGGCAGACCGGACUAUAACCGGAUGCACUACGGAGAAGCCAAGCCACCAGUUUACAACAUCUCCGCAAUCCCACGAAACCUUCCCAUCUUCAUCAGCUACGGCGGCCAAGACGCUCUUUCAGAUGUUAAAGAUGUUCUACUAUUGCUGGACAGCCUCAAGUUCCAUGAUGAGGACAAGCUCAUGGUUCAGUUCAUCAAAGAUUACGCCCAUGCCGAUUUCAUCAUGGGAACCAACGCCAAGGAUAUUGUAUACAAUCAAGUCCUUCGGUUCUUCAAAAAUCAACAAUGAUACGUUUUGCACAAUCUAAUCUGAUCGGAUUUUCUGAACCAGCUGCUUCAAUUAUCUGUUUGGUAAUAAAACCAAGCAGUUUCUAUGUAUCAAUCUGUCUACACUAUUUCACGUUUUUCUCCCUCUCUUUUCUAGCCAUUCCGUGAAUUGGUUGUCAUAUUGGACCCCAUUAUGGACAAACCUGGACAUUGGCUACAUUUAACAAUACUCAAACUCGAAACUUUAUUCAAACGUAUUUAACUGCUUGUCACUGUACUAAACAGACAUCGGUCAAAAAUUAAAUUAUGAUUUUAAUUUUUUUAU